CACUUUUCCCCGGCGGCCGUGCAUCACUGUCACGAUUGGAGAUCGCCCCUCAGCCACCGUGCAGUUGUUCGAUCUUCCGCCGCUGUAGCCGAUCGAUUUGAGCGCCGCUUCGCAACAACGGCUACGCGUAACUCGUACGAGGGUAUCCUGACGCCGCUGGUUAAACCCGGUGGCGGGGAGUUUGGGAAGUACUACAGUCUCCCCGCGCUCAAUGAUCCAAGGAUCGAUCGGCUGCCGUACUCAAUAAAAAUUCUGCUGGAGUCAGCGAUCAGGAAUUGUGACGAGUUUCAGGUGUCGGGAAAGGAUGUGGAGAAGAUUAUUGAUUGGGAGAAUUCUGCGCCGAAGCAGGUGGAGAUUCCGUUCAAGCCUGCGCGAGUUCUUCUUCAGGAUUUUACUGGAGUUCCAGCUGUUGUUGAUCUUGCAUGCAUGCGUGAUGCAAUGAACAAACUUGAGAGUGAUUCCAACAAAAUCAAUCCUUUAGUACCUGUGGAUCUUGUCAUUGAUCACUCAGUCCAGGUUGAUGUUGCCAGAUCAGAAAAUGCGGUCCAGGCAAAUAUGGAACUUGAAUUCAGACGCAAUAAGGAAAGAUUUGCCUUUUUGAAAUGGGGAUCAAAUGCAUUCCACAACAUGCUAGUUGUUCCACCAGGGUCUGGUAUAGUGCACCAGGUGAAUCUGGAAUACCUUGGUCGUGUUGUUUUCAACAAUGAAGGCAUUCUUUAUCCAGAUAGUGUGGUUGGAACUGACUCACACACAACUAUGAUCGAUGGGUUAGGUGUCGCUGGCUGGGGAGUUGGUGGAAUUGAAGCAGAAGCUGCAAUGCUUGGUCAGCCAAUGAGUAUGGUGCUUCCUGGAGUUGUGGGGUUUAAGUUAUCGGGAAAACUUAGGAACGGUGUGACAGCUACUGACCUGGUCCUCACUGUGACGCAAAUGCUUAGGAGGCAUGGCGUUGUUGGGAAGUUUGUCGAGUUCUAUGGGGAAGGCAUGAGUGAGCUCUCACUAGCAGAUCGUGCUACUAUAGCAAACAUGUCACCUGAAUAUGGUGCUACCAUGGGGUUCUUUCCUGUGGAUCAUGUUACACUGCAAUAUCUGACGCUAACUGGAAGAAGUGAUGAAACUGUUGCAAUGAUAGAAUCAUACUUGCGUGCCAAUCAAAUGUUUGUUGACCACAGUCAGGCCCAGGUUCAAAGAGUGUAUUCAUCUUUUUUAGAACUGAAUCUGGAAGAAGUAGAGCCGUGCAUAUCUGGACCUAAAAGGCCGCAUGAUAGAGUACCCUUGAAGGAAAUGAAAGAAGAUUGGCAGUCUUGCUUAGAUAACAAAUUGGGAUUUAAGGGCUUUGCUAUUCCAAAGGAAUCUCAAAAGAAAGUUGUGGAUUUUACUUUCAAUGGGGAGCCAGCUCAAAUUAAACACGGCGAUGUUGUCAUUGCGGCAAUCACCAGUUGCACUAACACUUCAAAUCCUAGUGUGAUGCUUGGAGCUGCUUUGGUUGCAAAGAAAGCUUGCGAACUGGGUCUUGAGGUGAAACCAUGGAUUAAGACGAGCCUUGCUCCAGGAUCUGGGGUUGUUACGAAGUAUUUAGAAAAGAGUGGUUUACAGAAAUACUUGAAUCAGCUUGGGUUUCACAUUGUGGGAUAUGGAUGCACAACCUGUAUAGGAAAUUCUGGAGACAUUGAUGAAUCAGUAGCUUCAGCUAUCUCUCAGAAUGAUAUUGUUGCUGCUGCCGUUUUGUCUGGGAAUAGAAAUUUUGAGGGACGUGUACAUCCUCAUACCAGGGCAAACUAUCUUGCCUCUCCUCCCCUUGUUGUAGCAUAUGCUCUCGCCGGCACGGUUGACAUUGAUUUUGACAAAGAACCCAUCGGUACCUCAAAGGAUGGCAGAAAAGUGCACUUCAAAGACAUCUGGCCGUCCAACGAAGAGAUUGCUAACGCUGUGCAAUCCAGUGUUCUUCCAGACAUGUUUAAAUCUACAUAUCAAGCAAUUACAUCAGGAAAUCCCAUGUGGAAUCAACUAAAAGUGUCACCCAGCAUUCUUUAUUCAUGGGAUCCUUCAUCAACGUACAUUCAUGAGCCUCCAUACUUCAAGGACAUGAAAAUGUCUCCUCCUGGCCCCCAUCCUGUGAAGGACGCCUACUGUCUGUUAAGCUUUGGUGAUAGCAUCACAACCGACCAUAUUUCACCUGCUGGAAGUAUUCACAAGGAUAGCCCUGCUGCCAAAUACUUGAUGGAGCGUGGUGUAGAUAGGAAAGAUUUCAACUCCUAUGGAAGUCGGCGCGGCAAUGAUGAGGUGAUGGCACGGGGAACAUUUGCUAAUAUUCGGCUUGUCAAUAAGCUCUUGGAAGGCGAAGUUGGGCCUAAAACGUUUCACAUUCCCUCUGGGGAGAAGCUCUCUGUUUUUGAUGCCGCGAUGAAAUAUAAGGCGGAAGGUCAUGACACUAUCAUCUUGGCUGGUGCAGAAUAUGGGAGCGGAAGUUCGCGUGAUUGGGCUGCAAAGGGCCCAAUGCUUCUGGGUGUCAAAGCUGUAAUAGCCAAGAGCUUUGAAAGAAUCCACCGCAGCAAUCUUGUGGGAAUGGGCAUCAUUCCUCUAUGUUUCAAGUCCGGCGAAGAUGCAGAAACCCUCGGAUUAACCGGUCACGAACGCUUCACCAUUCACCUCCCAACCAGUGCGGAUGAAAUCAAGCCUGGUCAAAAUGCAACCGUUAUGGUCAAUACUGGCAAAACCUUUACAUGUACUGUUCGCUUUGACACAGAGGUAGAAUUAGCAUAUUACAACCAUGGUGGAAUCUUGCCAUUCGUCAUCAGAAAUCUGAUUGGUGCGGAUUAACAGUUUUUUGAUACAAAGAGCUGAUCUGUUUCUUGUAUAAUCUAUUUGUAAUUGUUAUGCCUGUUUAUGGCACCAUGUUCAAUUAUUUGUCUAUGGGGUGUUGCCCUGAAAAAUAAGAAACGCUGCAGAAUGCCUCCAUAUUUAGGCUUUCAUUUGUGAUUUUUUGUCACACUUCUGUAUUUUUCUUUUUUAUUUUAGCCAUAGCAUAUGACUUUAGGGCAUCUGUCAAAUACAAAUUUUGACAAUUUUUUGUUUCAAAAUGGGGAUUUAGUCACUUUUAU